AUGAGGAACCUAUACUUUGUCUUCGCACUCUGUGCCCAGGCGUUCGGAGCCAUCGCCUCGUCCGAAUUGACCGAUAGCACGACAAUCUCCAUCCAGGCAGUUGGAUCGUCAUCUGAGCCAAUAAAUACCCUCGCCGUGGUCUCCUAUAAUCCUUCCACGCUGUCCGCAGAGCUGCUCUCCUUCGAGUCGCCAGAGCUUUCAUCAGACUCUAAGCUUCUGCGCCUAGGCGUCUACGAUGCUGCAACUUCAAGCUGGAAGUCUUCCACGUCUACGACAUCCGCGGAGAGUUUUUCCAAAGGGUACUCGCCGACAUUGGUGCUAUCCCUCGAUGCACAAGGUGGAAUCAUAGGGGUCACUUGCAAAAGCGCGAAGAUUGAUGCUGGGCAGACAAGGGAUUUCGGGCCAAAGGUUACCGUGUUGCGGAUGGGGAAGGGAAAGAAUCCUGAGCUGAACCGACCUGUUGUCCUAUCACCGGAAGGGAAACUGGAGGAGCCUGUUCCAGAGAAGACAAUGCUACAGAAGUACUGGUGGGUGUUACUUGGCGGCGUCAUGCUUCUGAUGUCGACUGGAGGAGGAGAAUGA